AUGGCUUCCUCAGAACAGUGUUAUGAUCUUUCCUUGUCAACCCAAUUCAACUCGCUCUUUUCAAUGCCUUUCUCGUUCCCAAUUCAACUCAACUCGCUCUCUUCAUUGACUUCCUCAUGGGCCGACCUUCCCGAAGACCUCCUCGAGCUCAUCUUCAAGGACCUCACCGACUUCUUCGAUCUCCUACGAUGUAAAACUAUUUGUCAUUCAUGGAGGUCUGCAACCAAGAAGGUAAUCAUCCAAGACAUCAAAAUUCCAUUACUUUUAAUUCCUUCCACAAAAACAAAAUCACAAGAAUAUGCAACACUCUUGAGUACAACCAAUCAAAGCCAAAGUACAACCACAACCAAGCUCUACACCAUUCACUCUCCUAAAAGGCUAGCCCGAACCUGCUGUCAAUCGUCUUACCAUGGAUGGUUACUCAUGGCAGACAUUGGGGACCCUUCUAGGGUUUAUCUCUAUAACCCUAUUUCGAGAUUUCAUGUUCAGCUUCCACUGUUGCCACAGGAGAGAGAGUACCCGACCCCUCUUCGCUUCAUGAUGACUUGUAGUCCUGAUGAUCCUAACUGCUCUAUUUUAGUACUUUUCGAUUAUUUGGGUUCGCACAACGGGUGCGUUUGCAAACCAGGAGAUAACAAAUGGCGAAAAAACAUUGUUAACAUGGGCUCGUAUGAGGACAUGAUAUACUACAAUGGAGAACUCUAUGCCAUUGACAAGUACGGGACGCUUAAGAAAUUGAAGGGAUCUGGUCAUGGUGGUGAGGCAAGUUAUGUCAUUGACAACCACCCUGUCGUUCAAGGCUUUUAA